CUUCAUGUUCCUUAAUUAAUACUACUAGCAGUAGUUACUAGUUACAUACCUGUACAUCAUCUUACAGUAUGUACAGUACCAUAGUUUGGCUGAAUAUCGAACACUUUUGACUCACUAGUAAAUGGGUUCUGAGUUGUGAAAAUGCUAGCCGGGCUGUGCAUCACUGCAUACCGAAGCCAUGUUAUGAUUAAGUUAAUACAAUGCUGGCGUUUGUCAUGAGUUGACUACUAAUACUUCCCAUCACCUCCCCUCCUCUUCCUUCCAUUCCCCUUCCCUCAUUAUAGAAGUCUAUACAUUCUUUUGCUCUUUUGCUCUUUUGCUUUUUUUGCUUAGACUUAUAUAGAAAGACAUCUAUUUUCUUACACAAUCGCAUUAUUCAUUCGAGACAAAAGGACAAUGCCCUUUAUUCCCAAUACUCCCGAAUCUCUCAUUGGUCGCUCCGACUCUAAAAAUCCAGCUACGACAUGUCGAGGUAUCACCUCCGGGGGCCGUCCCUGUCGCCGGGAUCUAAACGCUACCCCAGAUUCUACUCCAGCGCCCCCUCCUCGUAAAUCCAAUAAGCUACGCGUAGACGAUCCGAGUAACCCCGACCUUUAUUGCUGGCAGCAUAAAGAUCAGGCAAGCUUGUCCGCAAAGUCCACUCCAGGAACAAAGCUGCACGCUACGCCCAUUCUUGAAUCCCGCGCAAGCUUAGACACUCUUAUUGACCGGCUUGGUAUCGUUGAGGCGCAAAGGCAAGGACGGAAACCAGCGCAUGCCGCCGGAAAGCCUAGUGACGGCCGGUAUAAUGAGAAACCAUCGCAGUCGGGCCACACGGCCAACGCACAACAGAAACCCAAGGCGAAAGGAUUCAGCUGCUGCUGCUUCACCAUCCCUGAACUAGAGGAGGAGCGUCCAGUGCGACCCCAGCCCAAGCCGAUACAGCAACAGCAUGCGCCUGCUAGGCCUGCUUCUUCUAGACCGCCAUCGUCCCAACACCAUUCAGCCCUUCCUUCUCGUCCCCGGCCAAGCACUGGGUCUUCGCAACGUCCUGCCGAUCCAACCAAGUUGCAGACUUCGACAUAUUUAUCGUUGAUUCCGGCAAGCGCAUCGCCACAGACGGCUUCGCAGCUUAUAGCAGAACUAGCCAAGCCCAUCUCGCAGCAAGAUGAAGCCGGUUAUAUCUAUAUAUUCUGGCUGACUCCCGAAUCGCAAUCAUCAACUGCACCUGCCGAGGCAGCCAAGUCGCUCCUAUCACCUCCCCGUCCGGACGGUGGUCGCCAGAGACGUACCAGCGACGUGAUGGAGUCGUUCGCUGUCAAGGGGGGUAAAGCUGGAUCGCCCAAGAAAGUCCUUUUGAAGAUUGGUCGGGCCUCGAAUGUCCAGCGACGUCUCAAUGAAUGGAAGCGCCAGUGCGGUUAUAACCUGUCGCUUGUCCGCUACUACCCCUACAUUUCCUCCAGCCACCCAUCCACGCCUCGCAAGAUGCCCCAUAGUCACAAAGUGGAGCGGCUGAUACACCUGGAACUCGCGGGGGCCGGCCUCCGAGUAAGCGACAAGGCCAAUUGCGAAGCCUGCGGCAGGGCGCAUAAGGAAUGGUUUGAGGUUGAUGCUAGCAAGCAGGGCAUUUCAAUGGUUGAUGAGAUUGUCCGGCGCUGGUCCGACUGGGAUGAAGCCCAACCGUAAAUUGUGUAUAAACACCUGAAAAAGGUGCACAUGAUAUCAUGAGAUCACGAGAACACGACGAGCAUUUUUUUUUUCUUUAACGCGUUAACUAUCCGGAUAUAAACAUGGUCGCACUCGGCUUGGUUGGGGUGCAUAGGUAGGUUAGCAUAGCAUAUAGCAUAGGGUUAUACCUUUAAAGCAAAUGGGAAUACGACUGACUACGUCGACUUUCGCAAUUUGAG